AUGUUCCUUAGACGUAGAAUAGGUUCUUUAACAUUUUGUCAAAUGCGGCGAAUCUAUAAUCGUUAUUGUUCAACAACAGCAUCGGAUGUUGUAAAUACAACAAAAGUCGCUCGUACAAAUUCAUUGGGUAUCCAAAUGUUAAGUCAAAAAUUGUAUGAUCAACUAUUUCCUAAUCAAGAACAACCAAUUGAUAAUGAGAUGUCGACUGUCCGUAGUAUUGAUAAUGUUCGUGAACAUUUGAAAAAAUUUGGUUUAGGGAAUGAUAAUAAUGAAACAUUAGAUGAUACUGAAUUUAAUUUACCAUCAUUAGAAGGAAAAAAUUUAGAUGAACAUUUUAGAAAUAUUGCAGACAAGCAAUGUCAACCGUAUAAAGAUUUAAUUAAAACUUUAACACUUCCAAAAAUCCUACCACAGCAACCGAAGCAAUGGUCGUAUAUUGGAGGAUGGACAAAAUAUCUGGAAGAUGGAAAAACUGAACAAUGUACUUUUCCUGAUGCCCAUGUAAUGGUAUUCGAUGUUGAAACAUUAGUUUGCUAUGGAAACUUUCCUGUUAUGGCUGUCGCGCUAUCACCAACACAUUGGUAUUCAUGGUGUAGUUCUCGUUUAAUCAACGAAGAAUUUCGUCUUAAACAUGAUGUUGAAUUAGACGAUUUAAUACCAUUAGAACCAGAAAAUAACAUUGAUCAAGUAAAACUGGUCAUCGGUCAUCAUGUAGCAUUUGAUCGUACAUUCAUUAAACAACAAUAUCAAUUAAUGGGAUCGGCUAUGCGUUUUCUUGACACAAUGAGUCUUCAUAUCAUGUGUUCUGGUUUCACUCAUACCCAACGUUCACAAUAUCAAGCAUUCGAAAAAUUAUCAUCACUUAUUGAUAAUGAUCAUGAUGGUGAUAUUGAUAGAGAGCAACAAUUAUUAGACAUUAUGUUACAAGUGUCAAAGGAGAAACAAAUGAAAUAUCGAAAUAAAAUAGAGAAGGAACCGAAUUUACAAUGGAAAUCCGAAAGUGGUUUAAAUAAUUUGGUUGCUGUACAUAAACUUUAUUGUAAACCCGAAAAACCGUUGAAUAAAGAUAUGCAAAAAAUAUUUAUCGAAGGAACAAUCGAUGAUGUGAGAGAGAAUUUUCAGAAGUUGAUGACCUAUUGUGGCAAUGAUGUAAAGGCAACAUGUGAAGUGAUAAAAAUUUUAUAUCCAAUGUUUGUCGAAAGAUUUGACCAUCCCGUUACAUUGAGUGGAAUGCUCGAAAUGAGCACAAUGUUUUUACCUAUAAAUCAAAACUGGAAUCAUUUUAUACGUGAAGCUGAUGUAACAUUUGAAAAUAUUGAAUCUGAUAUGCAACAUAUUCUAAUGCAAAUAGCAAAUGAAACAUGCAAAUAUGCAAUGAAGGACGCAUAUCGUUCGGAUCCGUGGUUAUGGGAUUUAGACUGGAGUACGCAAAACAUUCGGUUUUCAAAGUCAAAAACAAAAAAAAAGACAAAGUCGUCAUCGAAUUCUGAUGCACAAAUAUCAACAUCACUCGGUCAUGAACAAUCGAUUUUCAAAGGAGCUGAAAAUUGCUGGCCGACGAAGAUUACAAAUAACAGUGAUGAUUCUGAGAUACGUAUAUCCGCUAAUGUUCAACGUAUUCUUGAUACUCAUUUAACACUUCUAAAGAUUCAACCACAUAUGCCAGGCUAUCCAGCUUGGUAUCGUGAUUUAUGUGCAAAAAUGCCAAAAGUAUCUGAUCUAAAUCAAAACGAUGUAGAAAUUGAUGAAAAUGUAUGGCAACCAGGUCCACAAUCAAUUUCAACAAAAUUACGUGUUGUUCCUAAACUUUUGAAGUUAACUUGGCAAGGAUAUCCCGUUCACUAUAAUAGUAAACAUGGCUGGGGUUAUUUAGUUCCCGGCAAAAAUGAGUUUAAUCAAGAAGCAAACAUCGAAAAAGAAAAAUUUAUUGAAGAAAAAGAACAAAGUAGUACUUCAACCUGCCAGUUUCCAUACAAAGCAUUUGAAGAAAUUUGUAAAGUAACAGUGCCCGUGAUCACAAAUGAAGAAGUGACUCAAGAAUCAAAACUGAUCGAUAUGCAGAUAAGUAAUUUAAUAGAACAAAUUUGUCCAACUCAUCAAGGUAAUGGACCGUAUGACGAUGUUAACAUUCCUGGAUGCUGGUUUUUCAAAAUACCACAUAAAGAUGGAAAUGAGAAAAAUGUUGGUAAUCCAUUAGCGAGAUCGUUUGGUUCUAAAAUAGCUGAUGGAACAUUACAAUCCUAUCAAUCAACAGCGGCUGCGGUCUUGUUACAAUGGAGUAAAAUGUUAAGUUACUGGCAAAAUAAUGAAAAACGAAUCAAAUCACAAAUGCCUAUAUGGAUUAAAGAAAAUGAUCUUCCAGACCACGUAGCUAAACUAACUAAAUCCGAUAAUCAAAUUGGCAUCAUAUUACCACGUGUAGUGGUUGCUGGAACAGUCACACGUCGUGCAGUUGAGCCAACAUGGCUUACAGCUAGUAAUGCACAGACUGAUCGUAUUGGUAGUGAACUAAAAGCCAUGGUUCAAGCGCCGCCUGGCUACUGUUUUGUAGGUGCUGAUGUGGACUCACAAGAAUUAUGGAUUGCAUCUAUAUUGGCCGAUGCACAAUAUGCUGGAAUGCACGGUUCAACAGCAUUUGGUUGGAUGAAUCUUCAAGGAAAGAAAAAAGAUGGUACUGACUUACAUAGUAAAGUGGCAAAUUUAGUAUUCAAUUAUGGACGUAUAUAUGGUGCCGGAAGAAGGUUUGCUGAAAAAUUAUUGAUGCAAUUUAAUCAUUCACUAUCAUCAAAAGAUGCAAAAGAAAAGGCUCGUAUUAUGUAUGAAAAUACCAAAGGAAUCAAAGAUCAGACCACUGGUUUAUGGGAAAAUGGAUCAGAAUCAGAAAUGUUCAACAAGCUUGAACAAAUAGCAAAAUUAGAAAAACCAGUUACUCCCGUGUUAGGAUGUCAAAUCAGUAGAGCUUUGGAACCACGCACCGUAUCAGAGGAAUAUAUGACAAGUAGAAUCAAUUGGGUUGUACAAAGUUCAGCGGUUGAUUAUUUACAUUUGAUGCUUGUCUGUAUGAAAUGGUUAACCGACAAAUAUCGAGCAUGUUUAGCACUUCAAAUAGCGAAUUUAUUUACACGUGCUAUGUUUGCUUAUAAAUUGAAUAUGAAUGAUUUACCAGCUUCUGUUGCAUUCUUCAGUUCGGUUGAUAUUGAUCAAUGUUUAAGAAAAGAACCACUUAUGGAUUGUAAGACGCCGAGUAAUCCGUUGGGUUUACAAGCCUCAUAUGGAAUUCCACCAGGACAAGCAUUAACCAUUGGUGACGUUCUAGAACAUACAAAUGGAAGUUUAGAAGAAUCACAAGAAGACAUAUCAAUAGAGUCGAAACAAGAAAAAACUGCUGUUGAAAUAUAA